UUACGGCAAAUCAUCCACCUCAAAGACCGUGGAUUCCAUUAACAAGGCCGAAUAGGACAAGACCAACAUGUAUAUUCACCGUGAUGUGCUACAACGUGCUGUGCGACAAGUACGCAACGAGACAGAUGUAUGGCUACUGCCCGAGUUGGGCGCUGGAUUGGGAAUACCGGAAGAAGGGAAUCCUCGACGAGAUACGGCACUAUGCCGCGGAUAUCAUCAGCCUGCAGGAGGUCGAGACGGACCAAUUCUACAACUUCUUCCUGCCGGAGCUCAAGCACGACGGCUACGACGGCAUAUUCUCGCCCAAGUCUCGCGCGAAAACGAUGGCGGAGAACGACCGCAAGUAUGUCGACGGCUGCGCCAUUUUUUACAGGACCGCCAAAUUUUCUUUGAUAAAGGAGCAUUUAGUUGAAUUCAAUCAAUUGGCAAUGGCAAAUGCGGAGGGCUCGGAUAACAUGUUGAAUCGUGUUAUGCCCAAAGACAACAUCGGACUGGCUGCAUUACUUAGAACUAAGGAAGCUGCAUGGGAUAAUGGUGUCCCAUCCGAUCCGGCACAAGUGCAACAACCAAUUUUAGUUUGUACGGCACACAUCCAUUGGGAUCCCGAAUUCUGCGACGUGAAAUUAAUACAAACAAUGAUGCUGAGCAAUGAACUACGUUCCAUUUUGGACCAAGCUGGCCAGUCGUUCCGACCCGGCCACAAGCCUGAUUCUUCCAACGUUCAAUUGCUGCUUUGUGGCGAUUUCAAUUCUUUACCUGAUUCUGGGGUGAUUGAGUUUCUUACAUCCGGACGUGUAGCGGCCGAUCAUCGUGAUUUUAAGGAUUUAGCAUAUAAAUCGUGUUUACAAAAGAUCUCUGGCUGCGAUAAACCCAACGAAUUUACCCAUUCUUUCAAACUUGCAUCUGCCUAUAGCGAGGACAUUAUGCCCUACACCAACUACACAUUCGAAUUUAAAGGCAUAAUAGAUUACAUUUUCUAUUCGAAACAAAGUAUGGUACCGCUAGGCCUUCUUGGUCCAUUGAGUCCAGAAUGGUUUAAAGAACAUAAGGUAGUAGGAUGUCCUCAUCCUCAUGUCCCAUCGGAUCACUUUCCUCUGUUAGUGGAAUUAGAAAUGACACCGACAGUAGGAACAAGCAAUGGUUUGAUCUCACGCAGGUAGCAGCCGCUGCGAUCUAGGCCCAAGUAACCGUAAGAAGAGGAAUCAAUAACGAAGAUAAAAGGAAUCAAUAACGAAGAUAAAAGGAAAAAAAAAAGAAUUUGCAUCAUUUCUUCUCUACUUCUGGCUCUAGCAAUAUCACUCACAUUAUUCUUACUACAAUAGCGAAUGUUACACACACAAAUACUCCAUACAUUGCCGCACAUUCAACCAACAGCGAUUGCUGUCGACGGGAUACCGACGAAUACACAAUUCUAACGACCAGGUGAAGGGAGCCGUGUUGUAAUGCGUUUAGCUAGCCCAUGUAUAGUGUAUUGCAUUUUUAAGAGCUAUCUUACUCCCACGCCUAAAGAUUAUUGUAACCUCUCUAUUUACCAUCGUAAUAUGUGUAGAUACCUAUUUUCCUACAAAAAGUAAAAUGAAAACGACGAUAUUCCGAUCAAGAAGCCUCUGUGAUAUCGACAUUUAACACAAUUGGAACAAAAUCACACAUUUAUUAGUAAAUGAAACUAGUAGUGUUGUAUUAGAGAGAGAAAGAGAGAGAGAAAGAGAGAGACAUAUACCUUAAAGAAACCUCCCUUUCCCCCUUCCUAAAUGUCAUUACAACAUUCUCCAAGCCAACCUUUUGAUAAGAAUGCUGCCAUCCAAUGAA